AUGAACAAUUCUGGGGUAUUAAACACAAACAAAGAACAGAGACUCUUACUGACAACAAUAUCAAGGAUUGGAUUUUUCCUUCUUUUCAUUGUCUUUGCAGUUCUUGUUGUUAUAGCUCUUUUUGUUAGUUUAAAUGCACCAAAACCAUGGUCAACAAAUGAAUUAAGUUCAUGGAAAUGUGCUGGUGAUGAUGCACAAUUUAAUCAAAAUUGUGGUGGAGUAAAUUUAUUAGAUAAGUCCAAAAAAAUAACUCUUCAAUUAGGAGCAUAUGAAAUCUUUAAUCAAGAAUCUCGUUUGGAGUAUUACUUCAAUAAAAAGAGUUCUAAAAAAGAUUUUGCCUGUUUGUUGUUAUAG